AUGGGCGGCGGUUCCUUGGAAAGUGGGAGGACCGCGGGUUGGACGGGCGGCGACGGGCAUGAUUGGGUCGAUAUGGUCGUCCACCGCUUGGAUCUUUUCCGUGUGAGUGGAGAUGAGUUGGGACAUGGGUCGGUGGCCAGCCCCGAUGAUUUGAUGGUGACGGUGGUCGUGAUGGACACUAAACUGAAGACACUAGACUGA